AUGGUGGAAACAAACUUAACUGGAGAAGGAAUCUAUAAAACGUUCGAACAACUUUAUUGUUCCAAAGAACUGGCGGCCGGAAAGGUGAAAAAUAAUUUAAUAAUCUUGUGUGUGAUAAAUAUAUUCCUGUCUAUUACCGCAUCUGUGGGGAAUACUCUGAUUCUAGUUGCUCUGCGCAAGGAAACUUCACUUCAUCCGUCGUCCAAACUCCUGUAUCGUAACCUAGCGAUUACUGAUCUCUGUGUUGGUAUCAUCGUGGAGCCUGUUAUUGUUUGUUACUGGACAUCGCAGGCGAUGGAACGAUGGGAUAUUUGUCGCUACGUUCUUGUUUCAAAGUAUGUGAUCGGCUUUAUUCUGUGUUCAGUAUCUUUGAUGACAGUCACUGCAUUAAGCGUGGACAGACUUCUCGCCUUGUUGCUGGGUCUCAGAUAUAGACCAGUUGUAACUUUGAAAAGAUCAUACGCAAUUAUAACCAUCCUUUGGGCUAGCGCCACUGUCGCUGGAACAAUCUACGUUGUGCACCCAUUUGUAACUCGCUGGAUCGGUAACGUAGCUAUAAUACUCUGUUUGAUCACUUCGAUCUUCUCGUAUUCUACCAUUUUCUUUACUCUUCGUAACUACCAAAUUAAGCCACAGGAACACGUCUCGCAAGCACAGUCACCUCAAGCAAUUCCACUGAACAUGGCUCGAUACAGAAAGGCAGUAUCCAGUGCAUUAUGGGUGGAAAUAACAUUAGUUGUUUGUUAUCUGCCGUAUGUUGUUGCGGUACUCUUAACGCCUAAACGAGAAUUAUCUUUGCCACAUUACCUUGCUAGACAAUUUGGAGCUACCGUCAUGCACUUAAACUCGUCGUUAAACCCGUUGUUGUACUGCUGGAAGAUCAAAGAAGUUAGGCAAGUGGUGAAAGGCACUCUAAGACAUAUUUUCUGUUCGUUUGUUUAA